GGCCUUCAAAAAUGGAUCCGCGAAGAGGCAUUGGCAGACAUUGUUGCUGUCGAAAUGGUCGAUUUGCCAGUGUCCGAAUCCCAAGCACGAAUGGAGGAGGAGUUCGGGCACACUCACAGGAAUAUUUUCGAAAUGUUUGCUGUACGCCUCCGUACCCAAGCGUUGCAGUUGUGGGCGUAUCUUCGGAGUUGUCUGUCCGGUGCGUCACACUCUCUCACCGCUGCAGUUUUUCCCAAAUCAUCUGAUCCUCAGUCAGCGAACCGUCGUGUCGUCAAUGACGAUGAAGUCACAUUGGGCGCUGCAGAUCCGUCAUCCGAACUGCCCACUUCGUACCCACCUCGCCUCCGAAUGCCUACGAUUUCCAAUCCCAAUGAACAACCGAAGCAACAAGGAGCCGUUGACAACGACGACGAUCCCAUCCGGUCUGGCGGCGGAUACCGUCAACCAUCAACAAGCAUGUAUGAAUUUCUGACACGGGACAACUUUAACCUGCACAAAAUGAUUGUGGUCGCCACCGGCUGUGGGAAAGUUUUUGGCAUAGAGAGCGAGAAGGGCCGCCUUGUGUGGGAACACUUGGUACGCGACGCACAGCCUUCUGCCAACAACAGACCGAUGCUUUUCCAACAACGCAACACAGCACAUUUCCCAUUACCCCCCAUCACCACCUAUUUCUCGCGCUCUAAGCACACCGGUCUCCCAGUGUUGUACUCCUUCAACCCCAUCACCGGUGCGGUGUUGCAAAAGAUGUCAAAGAAUUUGUUUCACAUGAAGUCCGACAUCUUACAGACCAUUCUCCUACCUGGUUCGGUCAGUGAAGCCACGGAAUAUGUGCGCCCGCUGAUGAUGUUGGAUACGCACCUGAAGGUGCACAUUUACCCAGAACGCUACACCUCUGCGUUAAAGCUGAUCCGCAUCCCCUUGUAUGUCUACACAAUUGAACCGUCACUAGCUCGUCUGAUUGGCUACAAAAUUCGUUCUCUGAAGAACAGCUCCUUGGAAGAUGAGCACACUGCUGUUCGUGUGUGGCAGAUGUAUCUUCACGGAAACGGAGACAACGCAAAUGUCAGUACACCGCAUUCGGUGGUCGCCGCAGCCUCUCGGGCCGCCAACGAACACAUUCAUUCUGUUGGACGUGUACUCGGCGAUCGCAGUGUUCUGUACAAAUAUUUGAACCCAAAUCUACUCGCUGUGAUUACCGCUGGUGGCGAUGUUGCAGCUCAGACGAAUUCAGUAAUGCUCUAUCUCAUUGAUGUGGUCUUGGGACGCGUGCUACACAGUGCUGUGCAUCGCCGUUGUAGUGAACCGGUCAAUUUGAUACACUCGGAAAAUUGGAUUGUGUACGGAUACUACAACCACAAGUCACUGCGACACGAAAUAACUGUGUUGGAAUUGUUCGAGUCAACCAAAGUCUCCGCCAACGGUCCUCAGCUGUGCGCCUCUCAUUCAAUCCCAAGCCCGCCUCAGCUAUUUCUGCGUAACAUUUUACCUACCAGUUGGUUUCUGAGCCUCACUUCUCUCGGUCCAAAGCAAGGCAAUGCCAACCUCCUUGGUCAAGAUCCGUCUCCACUGGGCUUGUCAGACGGCUCAGAUUACAUUUUUUCGUCACUGCUCCGUUCCACAGAUGUCGAUGGGACUUGCAGUGGGACUGGGGCCAGCCCGAUUGUUCCUCAAAUCUUACAGCAGUCCUACAUACUCACCACACCACCGGGUCACGGAGUGGCUGCCGUCUCUUUGACCGAACGAGGCAUCACAUCGAAGAGCAUUAUUCUUGGACUCCAGAAGGGUGCCCUGAUCGAAAUACCUAAGUCUUUCCUUGACCCGCGUCGCGCCUUGGAUCUUUCUCCAGAGCUAGUGGAGGAAGGCGUUCAUCCCUACGCGCCAGUUUUGCCCCUCUCUGAUCAGGCUGUCAUCUCCUAUAACCAGUCUGUGCUGGGCAUUCGGGCAAUUCGCACAGCGGCCACUGGAUUGGAAUCCACAAGUGUCGUGUUUGCUCACGGGUUAGACCUAUUCUUCACCCGGAUUGCACCAUCGCUCACCUACGACCUGUUGAAAGAAGAUUUCGAUUACACUGCAAUCGCCACAGUCACUUUGGGAAUGAUCAUCGCGUCGUUCGUCACUCAACGACUUGCCGCUAGAAGGGUUAUGCUCCGUGCCUGGGCCUGAUAAGCUUGUGAUCUCCACGUUUGUUUUGUGCGCAAAUCCAGUUUGUCUAGUGACCUGUUCAUGUGACAGUUUUGUGUGUACAGACGUCGGUUUUUUGGCUGCUACCUCAUUCUUACCCUGUUUCUCCUUCUCUGUCUCACUAUUUCUUCAUCGUAUUAUUGUAUCCUUUUUGCCCCUGUUGUUUGAUUGUAUUUCGAUUUCGUUGAUCUCUUCUACUCGUUUUAAUUGCGAUCGUCCUCGUCGGGACAUGCGCUGGUUGUGCUGUGGAUCGAUAUCAGUCUGCGUUCAUUUGUGCACAGUUACUCGAGAGCUGCACGGUUUUAAACACUGUCAUAAGGAACCGGAGGUGGCAUCCACAAAAAUAAAACAGCGGAAAUCAUCAUGCAUCUGGUCCAUGAUUCCCUUAGACUCCAUAUCCCUUACGUGAA